AUGAGGCCGACGGCGAUGGACUUCUUCAGCGACAUGGACGAUCAGGGCUCCACCAUGGCCAUGGACGUCGAUGACGUCGACACACUCGAGGCGUUCGGCGAGGGCGUCAUGAGCGAGAGCAAGCUGGCCGACUCCGAUUUCUUCAACUCCUUCCAGGACGAUUUCGAUGACAACGACAUCAACUGAACCUGCAAGCCAGGUCGUCUUCUCCGUCGUAGCCAUGUAAUGGUUUGAUCUGAUUUGCUCUGUUUUCUAUGGUUUGGAAUUUGAGGAUUUAGGGUUUAGAAUUUGAUUGGGCGAAGAGGGGAUUUGCAAUAUUAAUGGUUGGAUGGUUAUUUUGAAAAAUUGGAAAUUUAUAGAUAUGGAUUUUAGUA